CUGCUUGCUGGCGGCGGUAAAUACGGCUCUCUAAGCGACUGUGUUAGCAGCAUUUGAGACAUACUGGGAGUUUACAACGGGUGAACAUGAUGAUGGAAAACUUUCUAUCGUUAAGUUUCUUUUAUUUCGUCGUGAUUAAGAUACUUCCGCACACAGAGGAAGCUGUAAGUUUCAUAAAAGAACCAGACAACCCAAGUUACGUCAAGAAGGGAAACAAUGCCACACUUGUAUGGGACUACAGUGUUACUGAUAGACAGACAGAGCUCAAGGGUAUCAUCUGGGCAGUAUACUUCAAUAAUCAGUUUAAAAAUUUGAUGACAGAGUCAAAGAAUGGUGACAGAGUAAUUUCCUCUCAAAUGCCAUCAGCUUACAUUGGACGAGUAGGUAUUGAAGGAAGAGCUACUCUGAUAAUUGAAAAUAUCACCUUUCAAGAUAGUACAACAUUCCAGUGCACUCUCCGAGUAGAGCCAGCUUCAGGUCUUCAGAGUAAGACAAGCACCAUUGAACUUAUUGUAACAGAUGCACCACGGAUUAUCAUAUCCCAAGUACAAUCAAGUUACAAUGAGGGAUCAGUGGUUAACAUCAUCUGCACAGCAUCAGGGACACCAGACCCAGAUGUACAAUGGCUCAGAAAUGGAAAAGGAAUAACUUCAGGGACGAAAAAAGUAUCUUUGCUGUUCAGUAGUAUAAACAGAACUGACGAUGGACAGUAUACUUGUAAAGCCACCAACUCAGCAGGAAAUGAUGAAAAUCAAGUGACACUGGUGGUUUACUAUGCACCACGGAUUAUCAUAUCCCAAGUACAAUCAAGUUACAAUGAGGGAUCAGUGGUUAACAUCAUCUGCACAGCAUCAGGGACACCAGACCCAGAUGUACAAUGGCUCAGAAAUGGAAAAGGAAUAACUUCAGGGACGAAAAAAGUAUCUUUGCUGUUCAGUAGUAUAAACAGAACUGACGAUGGACAGUAUACUUGUAAAGCCACCAACUCAGCAGGAAAUGAUGAAAAUCAAGAAACACUGGUGGUUUACUGUAAGUAA